UUUACAUAGCUGAUGAUGUAAACAGAAAAGACGCCUCAUCCGGAUAAGUCACAUACCAUAAAGGCAGACUAUCUGUAUUUAUCUCGGCAAUAGUGAUUAAUUUUUGUUUUCCUUGAUAUGUUUUAAUUCAUAGAAACAAGGAGCAAUGGACUUCUACAUCAAUUUGAAGGUGAAUUUCAGGGGGAAUGCGAAGAAUUUUCUCCUGUCAGGUUCGGAGACCAAGAGUUGGGAGUCAAUGGAGGCCAUGGUGAAAAGGUCCUUUGGCCUGUGUAAUCUACAGGUUACUUAUUUUGAUGAGGAGAAUGAGGAGGUAUCCAUAAACAGCCAAAUGGAGUAUGAGGAGGCAUUAAAGAGUGCAUCCAGGCAAGGGAACCGGCUGCACAUGAAUGUGUAUGAGACCAGGGGUCAGCCCACGCGUGUGCCGGCCAAGGCCAGUGGAGGGGAGCCCAAGAGAGGGUUCCGUCCCCCACAGCACUGCCCAACCCUGGCUCAGGUGGUGAGCCGGAAGGUCCAGGCUGCUGUCCCCGAACAGGGCAUGGUGAUCAUGAAAGAACUAAAGGGGACCAAAGAGGAAGAUAAGACACCUCCAGCAUGGUUUACAUCUUACAUGGAGAAGUUCAAAGACCAAGUAGUGAGGGAGGCAGUGGAGAAGAUCUGUCGGGAGUUCUCGGGCCAGUGCUGCAUCCACAAGCCCAUUGGGGCUGAGGCCCAGAUCCCUGAGGUGACCUCCUCCACCCUGCCUGGGGGUCCUAGUUCCACCCCUGCCUGCAGCAGCUGUCGGGGCCAGACCGCUGGGGGAGGAUACCAGUGCAGUGUGUGUACAUCCUGCACACUGUGUGAGCCCUGCAGCUUCUCCCAUGACCCCAGCCACAACCUGGUGAGAGCCAGAACACCCCUCUCCAUCCCUGAGCACGGCUCACCAGCCCCAGACCACAGCAGGUUCUACCGGCGAGGGGACCGGAGCUUCCGGAAGGCGGAGAAGCAGCGUCUGAAGGCUGAGAAGCGUCAGCUGAAGGCGGAGGUAAAGGAGAUCAGGAAGCAGCUGAAGAUGGAAAGGAGGGGCCUGCAGUGGAGUGCCGCCGGCGACGGGAGCUCCUCCCCCGUCCUGCUCCAACCCAGGGCCACCCAGGCCAACAGCCCGGAACGUCCCAAGCGGCCAUGCCCUAUGGUGGUGCCAGCCAUGACGGCCUUGUUCCUGGACGAGAACCUGCCUGAUGGGACUCGUCUUCGCCCGGGAACCAGGUUCAUCAAGUACUGGAAGAUGAGAAACACUGGCAGCGUGAGCUGGAGCUCUGAAACCAAGCUGAAGUUCAUGUGGGGGAAUCUGGCGGUGGCGUCGGGUGACCGCUGGCGUGAGGUGGCUGUGCCUUUCCUGCAGCCAGGUCAGGUGGGCGUAGUAAGCGUGGCCCUAUGCGCCCCGGCCCUAGAAGGCUCAUACACCUCCCACUGGCGUCUGGCACACGGUGGGGAGCAGUUUGGCCCUCGCGUCUGGUGCAGCAUUGUGGUGGACCCCCUGGCCCCUGCAGCCAUGAUGGCAGAUGGCGUGCUGGUGUCGCCCUGCGUCACCCCACAGGGGAAGAACCCCCUCUCCACAGGUAAGGGUGGGAAGUCUUGUGCUGCAGCCUCUAGGGAUCAAGCACUCAUGUCAGUGGACCAAGGCGAACGAGAAUACUACAUUCCCUCUGUGGACCUGCUCACAGCCCAGGACUUACUCUCAUUUGAGCUGCUUGACAUCAACAUUGUUCAGGAACUAGAGAGCGUGCCCAACAACACCCCGGCAGAUAUGACCCCAUGCAUAUCCCCACUGCCCCAUGACGGUCCCCUGCAGGAGAAGCCCACCCUGCGGUUGAUCCAGGAGGAAGCAGAGGCCCAUCAGGCCCAGGGAGUCACAAGCAUCCAGCCAUCUCAGGGCCUGGUGCCAGGGGCGGAGGGGGGCCGGGUUCCAGCCCAGGAGGAGGGAGAGGACGAUAUGAGCGGGACUCAGUUUGUGUGUGAGACGGUGAUGCGCUCGCUCACACUGGAGGAGGCCCCAGACCACACACCCCUGUGUGGGAACUGCCCCGGCAAAGUGGUCCGCCCAGCAGCCCAAGGUGGCUCCGCCUCCUCUUCUCUUAAAGGGAAAGGUGUUGAGAAGCGUUUGGAGGUGAGGUCGGAGAAAACCCGGGACAUAUCCCCCGUGGCCCCAGCCCUAGCACCACCCCAGCUGGCUAUACCAGAGCUGAUGAUGCCAGAUGAGGGACUGGAGUCAGACAUCGAGAGCAUCUGCAUGGACGCCAGAGGGGACAAAGACAAGGGCGAAGAUAAAGGAGAGUUGACAGAGGGGAACAGGGGAGCCCGCAGCCGUUCCUCCUCGGCCUCAUCCGAGGAUUACAUCAUCAUCCUCCCUGACUGCUUCGACACCAGCCGCCCGCUGGGAGAGUCCAUGUACAGCUCCGCCCUCUCCCAGCCUGGAGAUGCCCCCGACACGCCCACAGACCCUGACAGCCAGGGCCGUACCACUCCCGAGGGGGAGCAAGAUGAAGCAGAAGAGACCGUUUCAGGCUCCAGCAGCGCCAACGAUAUGCUGUGCACCUCCCAGACGUUGGACGCCGUGCCCCUAACCCCUGUGGUUGUGGCACCCCCUCGGCUCAACUCAGCUCUUACACCCAGCCUAGACGGCAAUGAUCAGACCAAGGCAGCAGCAGAGUCCCUGGACAGGACUGAUGUCUACCAGCAGGGAGAGUCAGAGGAUGGUUCCAAGCAGCCAGACAGUCAACCAGACAGCCCAUCUGCUUCUGGUGACUCGGAAGACAACUCCGAAGACCCUAGGCACCCAGGCAUCACUGGAGGCCUGGUGAAAGGAGCCCUGUCUGUCGCAGCAUCCGCCUACAAGGCUCUGUUCACUGGGCAGCCUGGCCCAGUGCAGCCCCCAGUGGAUGGAGCCACCCAGGACACCAUGAUGGGGGUGUUGGUGGAGAUGGGCUUUGGUGACCGGCCGCUCAACCAGCGGCUGCUGAAGAAACACAACUACAACCUGCUGGACGUGGUCAAUGAACUGGUCCAGAUGACCGACAAUGACUGGUACUCCACCCGCUACUGAGGAGAGAGGGAGGAGCUGGGGUGGUGUCAUGGGUGUAACCUCUGCUGCCUUGACCUCUUGUCUCUCCUUCCUCUCUUAGAUUUGGCCCAAGUUGACAGGAGAUAUCCUGAUUAUGACCUAAAGACACAUUCCCACGGACUUUGGGAUAUUUAGACUAUCAAAUAGCUACUGUAUGUAUGUAUGUAUGUAUGUAUGUAUGUAUGUUUGUUUGUAGAUUAAUUUAACAUGUCUGUUUUUGGCUGUUAGCUUUUGCGUAGGAAAGGGGGUGGAUGAGGUGGGCUACUCUUUCCAGGAGAACACCUUCAUUGCUGUGGUAACAAAUGGCAAACAUAUCACAAGUUGCUAUCGCCGAGCCAUUCCUGUUAAACAGUAUACUCACCCUUGAAGUCAUUGAUUGGAAUACAGGCUGAAUAUGCAGCCAUAGACCAGGUAUAUUCAACAAGAGUUGCAGUAUGUGUACGUUUAGCUGAAGGGGUGUUGGGUGUACUAUUUAUCACAGAGCCAGAACCAUAUAGGUCUUACCAAAUGAUAAGCUGUGGCAAUAGCCAACAUUGUAUGACGUUAAUCAACUUCAUAGAGUGUUUGAAUAGUGGACACGUCAGGUCCUCGUUCCAAGCGUGAAUGACUGUCAGUGUUGGAGAAUGCUAUGCUUCUUUCAGAUCACAGCAAUUAAACACACACACACCCACAUGCUUAAACCUUUCUCAGCUCAACUGUUCAAAGUAUCAGCAUACUGUAGACAUAUGAUGUGUGUCUUAUUGAUUGAAGAUCAUCAUUCCCCUACUUUCUGUGAUGUCGUGCCAUGGCUGACAACAUGCUAUGGAUAUUUGUGCGUAAUGGUGUACACAUUAAGUAUUUUUUAAAUGAGGACCAUUACAUUGAUGGUCCUUUUUGAGAGGAUAAUUUAUUCACCAUUCUUAACUAGGAGUAUAUUUGGGUUUAAAAAUAAUCAUGUAAAUAUAAUAUACAAAUUGUUUUUUUUGUUGCACAUGGAAGACAAAUAUUGAUGCAAACCCAAAAGACUAGCUGCUCAAGAAGUAAAGGAUGUUAUAAUUAAGAUCCUGUUGAAGGGAUUUUAUUUAUCAAGAAAUGAAUUAACCUCCUUUACAAAAUGUCUUCAAUCUGCUCUAUAUUGUCCUCAGAGGGAGGGGGGUUAUUUUCAGAACUAUACAGGGGGCCUGGUGAUCAUGAUAUAUCAAAUGCAUUGACUCGUUCCAUUUGGUAUAAUUCUUUAAACUUGGUAUCAUUUUUUUCCACUUAGUAUCAUUCUUUUAAAAAAUGUACGUCAAGUUCUUUCAAAACUGAAAUCAAGCAGUAUGUAACAAGUUUGAAAUACUUAUUUUUUCCAAUAUGGAAAUGCUAACGUGUUUCAGGUAAUCCUAGGAGGUAAUCUUUGUUAAAAUAUUUUUGGUUUUAGACUUGAUUGCUUGAGGGCUGUUUUGGAAAUGUGAAGGAAGAUUUGCCUAUGUUCUUCUGGUUGGAGCUUGUUCAUGUCAUUGUGCUUGAAUUCCCACUGUUCUAAUAUGUUUAUAUUUGAAGGAAAGAUACCGGAAAGGUUUGUUUAAGUAUUGUACACUAAGGGGAACUUGACAGGGUUGUGAGCAUUGUGAAAAAUAAUUAGUGGCCAGUCAUAUAAUGUAGCAAAUGGAUAUUGGUAAAAAUCAUUAGUACAAAAACCCUUUGAAAACGACCCUAUUUUGGUAUAGUGUAGUCUUAAUGGUUCUUAGGGUUUGUCUUACCAAAGGAUGUGUCUGCUAAAUGACUCAAAUGUACAGUCCUACCAGGUGAUGGUAUCUGAUUUAUUACCACUUAUGAGUCAACUUUUAGGGUGUCAAGGAGAAACUGAAUUCAAGGACAAUAAGGAUUGUGGUCUUUUAGGUCAAUGGAGGUCAGAAACCAUGCGAUUCAUACAUUUCUCCAUACAUGUACUUGAAACAUUCAUACCUUCCAUAUAUGGGCAGGAUAUUUUCAUAGAGGGUGAAGAAUGAGAACUCAAACGUUUUUGGGGAGGGAUAAUGUGCAGUUUGUCUGAACUCUUUCUGUGUUGCACUUAAGACUUGCCUGGAACCUUGACAUUGAAUUGCAUUGCAUUCUAGGUCGGGCAGAAUUUAGCAUAUGAAUCAGGAAAUGUUUAUACUCACGACCUCUAGAAGCCAGAAUGUUGAAUAAAAUGAUAUUUUAAUGUACUUUACCGGCAUGCACACAUUAUAAAAAUAUAUGCAUUACUUGCCGAGCUCGUGCACGUGUUUACAUGGUUUUGCGCACGCUUCAGGUGAUAGAAAUCUGAAUGUAAUUCUACUUUCCUGUGGAUAUUGUCUCACAUUCCUUCCACCAAAAUGACCAACCACACAGACAACCGGUAAAGUACAUAGAAACUAUUUUAUUCAACAUUUUGGCUUGUAGAGAUUCAAACGCUCAUUUCUGCCUACCUAGAAUUCAAUGUUGGGUUUCUAGGCAAUUAAAAUACAUAGGCUACCUGUGAUGUACAAAUAUCUGUCUCUAAUAAAAGUCACUACACUUAAUGUCACUUAUUUGAAUAAGGCUAAAUAAAACAAAUUUAAAAUGCUCACAUAA